AUGUAAUAAUAUUAUCAUUAGGGAGAAUUAGGGGAAGGGUAAUACGGAGUUGUAUUUAAGGUCUAAGGCAUGCAAGACAAUAAGAAUUAUGCUUGCAAGAAAAUUUCAAAGUAGUAUGUCAUCAGUAGAGGUUGCAAAGAAGAUCUCGAUCAUGAAAUAAAUAACUUGAAGAGGGCUGACCAUCCCAAUAUUAUAAAACUCACAGAUUAUACCCAAACUGAAAGUAACUAUUAUAUAUUCACAGAGUAUUGCAAUGGAGGGAAUCUAUACUAGCUGGUUCAUAGCUAAGGUUAUCUCAGUGAAGCAUUGGCAAGAUUUAUUAUUUUAAAGGUGAUUGAUGGUAUUAAAUAUCUCCAUUCUUAGAAUGUGAUCCAUCGAGAUAUAAAAUCAGACAACAUCCUUCUACAUUUUCCUUAACUAAAUGAGCAUGAAUUGCUUCAAUAGGGAAAAUCAGAGGAAUAUAUUCAGGAACUAAUAACUUUUUACUUAAGAUCAUUCUAAUUUUAAGUAAAGAUCGCUGAUCUUGGAUUUUCAAAGGAAUUAAAUGAUGCCUCAGAAGAGAUGCAAUCAAUUGCUGGAACUCCGAUAAAUAUGGCUCCAGAAAUCAUGAACAGGCGCUCCUACACUAUGAAGGCUGACAUAUGGAGCAUUGGGGUAUUACUGUAUAAUUUAAUGACAGGUUCAUUCCCAUUUUUGUCUCGUGAACCUGAAGAUCUCAUUCAAAAAGUUGAAACAGGCAUUUUUAGAAUUAGAAGGGAUACCAACAUAACUCCAAUAUGUUUAGAUUUAAUAAACCGCUGUUUGAGAUAUGACCCAGAAAAACGUAUCAAUUGGGAGGAUGUAGAGAAACACCCCUAUUACUGCGAUCCAUAUUACUAUAAAUAAUUACAGCAAUUGUCAAUCUCUCAAGAAAUAGACGAAAGUCUUUGUAAUAUUAGAUCAAACCGUCAAUUACAAUAGUAAAAUCAAGACCAUCACGAGGAAUUUAAGUAAGGGGAAUAUAAGAACGAUUACCAUAGUGAGAUUUGCAUGAACUGCAAGGAUUCUUUCGUUAUGUGGAUACAUUAAUCAGGAUAUUUAAACGGAGAUUAGAGGGCUUAAUAACAGGAGAUUAAACUCAGAAGACAGGGUUAUAUCUUCGAAAGUUCGAAAUAUAAUCAGGAUUUAAUAGACUCAGAGGCCAAAAUACUCAAUUUAAGACAAAUUGAUGAAGAAAUUGUACAUUAAAUUUUAAGGGAGUCCAAUAACUUAGAAUGCGAUCUAGAAGAUAUAUAAGAAGGAAAAAUAAAUUAGAGCAAAUUUAAAGAUCCACUGAGUAAUUAUCGAAUAAUGAAAGAAAAGGGGAAAGUGAAGAAAGAGAAUGAAGUGCAUAGGUAGUAUCAACAAGAACAUGAUCCUGAUGUUUUGAUGAUGAAACUUAAAUCAUCAUCUUAGAGCAGAAUGCGUUAAGAAUCUUAGGCCAAUUCAUUGUACGCUAGAACCAAAAAUUCAACAAAUGUAGUACCUGUUUCUUCUGCAACUGGCACUAUAAUGAUUUAGGGUACUUUCUUCAACUCUAGGCCUGCUUUUCCUCUAAAUAAUAUCAAAGAUACUUAGGAAAUAAAAAAUUUCACAGAUAGUACAGCUUAAUAACAUAAUUAAUAAUGGAAGGCAUCCUCCAUUGCUCUUAGACCAGAACUUCUGAAUUAGAGCUAAUUAAUUGACGAUAACAUGAUCAAGGAGCAAAGCAUCAUUAAGAAGGAAGAACUUAAGGAAACUGAAUACAAAAUUUCGCAUGCGUUAAUAAGAUAGGAAGUAAAUAUCACCACGUAAUUAAUGAAAAAGGAAUCAGGAUUGAAAUUGCAAAUCCAGAAAUAUAAAUAUGAUAAUCUUGACGCAAUUCAUGAGGAUAGAGAUGAGGAAGGCAAAGAGUCAAAUCGCAAAGAAGAUAAGAGAUUGCAAAGUCCGUUUUUUAUAAAGUAUUAAGGAAGAUAGUGA